GUGUCAAAGUGUGGAUUUCAUAUAGUAAAAAAAAAGGGGGACGUGCUAUAUCCGAAACGUACGAAAUAUAGUAAAUAUCGUAAAGGCAGAUGUAGUAGGGGUUGCAAACCGGACGGUACACAACUUGGUUUUGGAAGAUAUGGCACUCAAAGUUGUAGAGCUGGUCGUCUUUCAUAUCGAGCCAUUGAAGCAGCGCGUCGUGCUAUAAUCGGACACUUCCAUCGUGCUAUGAGCGGACAAUUCCGAAGAAAUGGUAAGAUAUGGGUAAGAGUUCUCGCAGAUAUCCCUAUUACCGGGAAACCUACAGAAGUAAGAAUGGGAAGAGGAAAAGGAAAUCCUACGGGUUGGAUUGCUCGUGUGUCCAGGGGACAAAUCCUAUUUGAAAUGGAUGGUGUGAGUUUGUCAAAUGCUCGACAAGCCGCUACAUUAGCGGCGCAUAAACUAUGUUCGUCAACCAAGUUUGUUCAGUGGUCGUAA